ACAUAAUGCGAAAGGAUUAUUAACUUUUCUAAGAUAAAACGUUUCAAUGGAAGGAUACAUUGACUCUAAAAGACGCUUCUUCCGUUUUCUGAUGAAUUAUUGUUUACAGCGACCACAUAAUCAGAAUGACAUGAGACAAGCUAAGUAAAUUGAAUGAGAUUGACUUCAAUCUUGUAGAGACGAUAAGAAGUUUAGAGUUUCGAAACGGUGAUGAAACUAUUUCUAGUAUUAGAAGAAACAAGCAGACCUUUCAUCGCUUUCAGUCAAAACAUUAUUACAUGUUGAUAUUUUAUAGGGCUUUGAUUGUUGAUUCUCUAGGUACAGGCGGUACGACAACAGCCUACGUGUGUGAAUUAACCGAAGGUAUGAAUGCACCGCAGUACCUACCAUCAGUGUCCUACACUGGAACGUCAGAUACGAGUCCUCAAGAUGUGCAACCCGAUGGCAAAGGUGUCACGUUCAAUCAAUCACCGACAUCUUCUCCAGAAUCAACAAUUUCUAUCAAAUUUCCAACCCACACUACACCGAUCGUCCACAGAGUCUCUAUCGCAACGCCAUCAACAAACACAAAUGUCAAACAAAUUGAAGUCGUUGUUUUAGCACCAAACAAAACCACAUUAUUUAAUGCGAUAUCAACACUAGAUAAUCCGACUGUCACGUUAGAUAGAUAG